ACUACCAAUUAUGACACCAGCAGUUGCAUUAAAAUUGUAUAUAAAUGAAUUAACAGCCGCAGAGCAAGCCGAAAUUUUAGAUUAUCCACAAAUUUUCUUUACAGGUAAUACUACUAAAAAGAUCCAACCAAAUCCGAAAUUACCAAACAAUGGUUUUGAUACCGAAACUGGUGAAUACAAAAUUGUUGAACAUGACCAUAUCGCAUAUAGAUUUGAAGUUGUUUCAAUUUUAGGUCAGGGUUCAUUUUGCCAAGUAGUCAAAGCCUAUGAUUAUAAAAUUGGUGACUUUGUAGCUUUAAAAAUUUUACGUAACCAAAAGAGAUUCCAUCAACAAGCUUUAACAGAAAUUAAAAUUUUAGAAUAUUUAAAGAACAAUGAUCCAAAUUCAACAGCAAAUAUAGUGCAUUUAAAUAAUCAUUUUUAUUUUAGAAACCAUUUAUGCUUAACAUUUGAACUACUCAGUAUGAGUCUUUAUGACUUUUUAAAGAUCAAUCAUUUUCAAGGUUACAAUUUAAGUUUAGUUUGGAGGUUUGGUGCUCAAAUUUUAACUUCACUUAAAUUUUUAUCAAAAAGAGAUAUAAUACACGCAGAUUUAAAACCCGAAAAUAUUUUAUUAAAACAAGCAGGCAAAUCUGGUAUUAAAAUUAUUGAUUUUGGUAGUAGUUGUUUCGAAAAUGAACAAAUUUUCCCAUACAUCCAAUCAAGAUUUUAUAGAUCACCCGAAGUUAUAUUAGGAACCAAAUAUGAUAAAUCCAUCGAUAUUUGGAGUUUAGGUUGUAUAUUAGUUGAAAUUUUCACAGGAUCACCAUUAUUCCCUGGUGCUGACGAACCAGAACAACUUGCAUGUAUUAUGGAGGUGCUUGGAGCACCCCCUAAGCAAGUUAUAGAUAAUUCCACUCGUAGAGAUAUCUUUUUCGAAGAUGACUACACACCAAAACAAGUUAAAAAUAGUACUACAGGCGAAAUCUAUGGCGUUGGCACCAAACCACUUAAAGAUCUAAUUAGAUCUGGCGAUGACGAUUUUGAUAACUUUAUUUUAGAUUGUUUAAAAUGGAUACCAUCUGAAAGAAUUAGUGCAGAACAAGGUCUAAAACAUGACUGGAUCGUAAAACUAGCCCCACCAUCAUUAUCCUCAACUCCAUCCUCUUAAUAAUUUAUAAUAACAAUAGCAAUAAUAAUAAUAACAAUAGCAAUAAUAAUAAUAACAAUAAUAAUAAUUACAAUAAUAACAUAAAAGAAACAUAUAAAAAAUAUAAAAAAUUUAUUUAUUUAUUUAUUUUCCCAACUCUAUUAUAAUACAAAAAAUAUUAUUUUUUUUUUUAUUUUUUUUUAACACUACUAAUAAAAAUAAAUAUUAUAACUAAUAAAUAUAAUAUUAUAUUUUAAAACAAUUUAAAAACCCUAUCUCCCUUUAAUAUCCUUUAAAAAAUAAAAAUAAAAAAACAUUUAAUACCAAUGCUAUAUACUAGUCAUUGGUUUAUUCAAUUUC